AUACAAGCAGCUCGCACUGCGCAGCUCUAGACAUCAACAGGCAGCAUUCCGAAAUAUCUCCAAAAAAAUGGAGGCCAUCGUACCAAAUCUAAACGAAAUUUGUCGGCUAUGCCUGUGCGAGGACAUAAGGUUUCUCAUUCCCGCCUCGAAAUUGCUCGAUGAUUCACUUUCCCUGCAGCACAUUGAACGGUUCACCGGUAUUCGGAUUCCUCCGAACGACUGUGAAUUGUAUGCGCUCUGCAUGGAAUGUGGCAACAAGCUGACCACCAGUGUGGCGUUUCUUGUCUGCUGCAAAAACAACGAUACCGUGUUUAGGAAUCUGUUCGAUCUGCCUGCUCUGGACGCCGCGGGGGAGGAUCGAAUAUUGGUCGAUUUUUCGACCGAAGUCAAACAGUCUCCGGAGAUCGAAGUAUUAGAGGAAGCAUGCACAGAGCCAGAGGCGCAAGAGACCCAGGAGGUCCAAGAACUCCCUCAUAAUACAACAACAACGGUAUGUACAAAGCCACCGGAUGCGACGGAGGACGAUCGAGUAUCUUCCAAUUUUUCAUCUCAGCUCAAAAAGUCUCCGGAGAUCGAAGUAUUACAGGAGCCAUGCACUGAGUUAGAGGCGAAAGAGACCCGCGCGGUGCAAAGCCUCUCUCAUAAUACAACAUCAACAUGUACAGAGCCACCAUCAGCAGCGGGCGAAUUUACCAUCGAUCCGAACGAUUUCAUAAUCGAAUCGCUAGACAGCAUGAUAGACGACGUAAUUGUUCACCACGAUGGAGGAGCGGAGAGUUUGGACGGCAUUGAGCACGCGGUGGCGGAAGACGAACCUCCUGACGAUGCGGGAGUGUAUUGCUACAAUACUUCAUCUUCCGACCAGCGCGAUGAACGAUCGGCGAAACAGGAACUAUCUGCAAGCGUCUCUAGCGCAUCUCAAAUCGAACGGAAACCACCGCUCCACAUCCCCACCGACUUGGAAUGUUCGGCUUGUGAGAUUAAGUUCGUCGACGAAAUUACCUUCAAGCGGCAUUACCGGCGGUACCACGUGAGCGAGUUGCAGAAAAGUCGCGAGCACCGCAAGAAACGGCAGCUGUGCGUCGAAUGCGGCAAGAUGGUGCUGCAGCUCUCCGCCCACCGGUUAACCCACACGCAGGAGAAACAGUUUUCCUGUCCCCACUGUCCGAUGAAGAUGAAAAGCAAGGGCAACAUAUGCCGGCACAUCGAGGCGGUGCACUUGAAGAAGCCGGCGAAAACGUGCGAAACGUGUGGGAGGGAGUUUGUGCACGCCAACAUGUACAAGUACCAUAUGCUUUCCGUUCACGGCAUUGGCAAGGCGUACGAGUGUGCUAUUUGUUUGAAAAAGUUCAAUGCACUUUCGUCGCUCAAAUCACACAAACAAACAGCGCACGAGAAAAGGUCGGCUUUUGAAUGCGAAACGUGUGGAAAGAAGUUUAAACGCAGACAUACCCUUCAAAUGCACAUUAAACAAGGACAUUCUAACGACAAGCUGUACAGUUGUAGCCUGUGCCCGAAACGGCUCAAAACGCUGCUUGGUAAGCAAGCGCACGAGCUGGCACACAGUGGAGCUGUGUUUGCCUGCACGCUGUGCGACAAAGUGUUCCGGUACAAAUGUUUACUGCAAGGGCACGUCAGUCAGGAUCACGUAAAAGCGGAAGGCAGGGAAAAGCUUCAAAAAGAGCUUAUCAUUCAAUGUUUACAAACAAACACAUCAGCUUCGCGGUGCGCGAUGGCGGCAAUUCCACGCGAAAUAAAUGAAGUCUGUCGGCUUUGCCUGUGCCGGGAUGAGAAUAUUCUCUUUCCUGCGACCAAAUUCAUCGACUCCCAGCUGACCCUGGACGAUGUGGAACGAGUAGCCGGUGUACGGAUCGUGGAACAGGAAAGCAUGCGCUGCGUGUUGUGUGUCGAUUGUAACAACAAACUACGGCACAUCAAAGCCUUUAAGGCCUCCUGCAUCAGCAAUGAUGAGACGUUUAGAAAGUGGUUUACAGUGGCCGAUAAAGAUUGUUCGCGAGACGACACUCAUCCACUGAAAUUGAAUGCUGCAGCGCAAGCAUUGAACGGUGCGGCGCGCGAAACUGACCAGUGUAACGAUUCGGCGAAUGAGUUCGAUGAGGCAACAUUUUUCGACAACAACAUUGAAGUCAUCAAGGAAGAAGAAAUUGACGACCUGGCGGUCAAAUACAUCGUUCAAGAAAUGUAUGAAGACAUGGAAGUACUCACGGAAGAUGUUGUUGACUUCGAUGUUGAUGAUGAUGAUGAAGAUGCUGAAGAAUUUGCCGAGGACAUGAAAACAGAAGGGAGCCAAACAUCGAUAGAUGAUUUCGUUACCAGCGAUGAUCCGGGCGAGGCGUCCGUACCGUACGAACCGUACGAACGGCAGCCAACAACGCCAAACGAAACUUUCGCACCAGCGAUACCAGCGGACCAUCAAACAGUAACUGCCGCCGCCAGUGAGGAAACGGGCAAGAAGAAGAAUCCACAAAAGAAAACCCUUUGCCCGCUGUGCGGUAAAUUAAUACUCUCGCUAAAAGACCACAUGUUGAGUCACACGGGGGAGAAAAAAUAUCGCUGCAAGUACUGCCCCAAGACCUGCGGUCGGAAAGGAUCGCUGCGGCUGCACAUGCAAGCCGUCCACCUGAAAAAGAUUGUAAAGAGCUGUGAAAUAUGCGGCAAAGGCUUUACUUACGUGGAGUCGCACGAAGCGCACAUGCGCGCCAAACACGGCUUCGGUGAACCAUUUGAAUGUACCAUAUGCAACAUUAAAUUUCGCCAUAAAGGCGGUUUGCGGGGUCACAACAAUCGCAAGCACAACGAUGAAAGCAACUGUGAGUGCCCAACUUGUGGCAUGAAAUUUCUCGACAAGAAAGGAUUACGAGCGCACAGCAUAGUGCACUCGGACGAGCGACCGUUUGGCUGCCGCUAUUGUCCAAAGAUGUUCAAAACUGCUAAAACGCUGAAAAACCACGAAAACCUCCACGAAGGUGUAACAUUUUCCUGUACGAUGUGCGGAAAAAGCUAUAAGCAUCAAUCGCUGCUAUACGUGCACAUGAAAAAAUGUCAUGACGAGGGUAAAAAUGACAAAUUGAAAUUGGAAAAUGAGUCUACGAAACUGAUCGACUCCACGCUGACCGUGGACGAUAUCGAGCGAUUUACCGGUGUGCGGAUCUGCGAACAGGAACGAUUGCCGUACGUCGUGUGCAUCGAUUGUAAUAACAAGCUAAGGAAGUUCAUCGCCUAUCGUGCUUUCUGCACAAGCAAUGAUGUUCGGUUUAGGAAAUGGUUUGCGGUAACUCUUUCGGACGAUUUGAGCGACCCGGAUCGGACUAGUUCAUCGCUCAAAGCCCUCAUAAAGGAGGAAUUGGCCGCUGAUCAACGCGAAACCACCAAACAUUACAGUCCUAUCGAUGAUUGUAACGAUCAAGCGUUCGAUAGUAAGCAGAAAGUUCAAGAAAUUGAACAGGGCGAACAAAGGAUAGAAGAUGCUACUGCCCUAGAGGGUACGGACAAUAUCGCCAUAGAUGAUGAGGAUCUGGGUCUUGAGCAUGUACUUUUGAGCGAUGAGUUGACGCCUGAUCCAAUCGAGACAAGCAAUACCCUGCCAUCCAGCCACCAAAGCGAGCAGCAACGGAAGCAACGGCGAAGGGUGACAGCAUCGCCCGCUGCCAAAGACAAACACGCAACACGGGACAGCCAGGAGCAGGACAGCAAAAAGCAUGUACCGGCCAAGCAGCUGUGCCCGCUGUGUGGCAAACUGGUGCACUCCAUGGCAGACCACAUGCUGUCUCAUACGAAGGAACCGAAGUUUUCCUGCCAGCACUGCCCGAUGACGUGCAGCCGCAAAUCGUACCUCAAGCUGCACGUGGACGCCGUGCACAAGAAGCGCAUCAUAAAGAGCUGCGAAAUGUGCGACAAAGGGUUCAGCUAUAUCGAAUCGUAUGAGGCUCAUAUGCGAUCGAAGCACAACUACGGAGAAUCAUUUGAAUGUACCAUAUGCAACAUUAAAUUUCGCCAUAAAGGCGGAUUGCGGGGUCACAACAAUCGCAAGCACAACGAUCAAACCAACUGCUCCUGCGAUAUUUGUGGCAUGAAGUUUCAGGACAAGAGAGGGCUACGCGCACAUGGUAGGGUACAUUCGGACGAGAAACCCUUUGCCUGCCAGUUCUGCCCGAAGCGCUUCAAGAGUCCAAACGCACACAGAACGCAUGAGCUGAUCCACAAGGGCGUUGUAUUUCCGUGCACGAUGUGCGAUAAAACGUACACGUACAAAUCGUUGCUCAAUAUGCACGUGAAAAAAUGUCACAUUAAGCAGGAGGAGGGUCGCAUCGAGAUGGCGAUAAUUUUACGCAAUAUCAGCAACAUUUGUCGACUUUGUCUAAACGACGACGAGGUACUGUUUCCCGCCACGAAUAUCCUAGAUGCAGGACUAACCAGCGAAGAUGUGGAGCGGUGCACCGGAGUUCAGCUAUUUGACGAGUCGAACAUUUUCUACGCGAUUUGCAUCGAAUGCCACAACAAGGUGCAAAAGUUUACAGCGUAUCGAAGCUGCUGCAUGAACAACGAUGUGCGAUUUCGUCGCCUGUAUCCGAUGAUAUUCGAGAAGCUGGUCUGGGACGAAGAAACGGGCCCGGAGGAGUGUUUGAAAGCGGACACCGUUGACCAUAGCUACUGUGUGGAGUCGUACGAAAAUCCACCGGAAGAGGAAAGCGUAACGGAAGAGGAAAGCGCUGCACCAGUUGAUCUACCGGAAGAAAUAGAUCCAGAAUAUGAAGAGCUGGUAGAGCUGUAUGCGGCUGACGACACCAAAGUUGAUGUUGAUGACAUUAUAGAAGAGAUCGUACUCGAAACGAACGCCGACAUCGAAAUCAUCCCUCAAGAGAGCGGUGAAGAAACAUUCUUGCCAGAGUUGCCUCCGGUGCAGGAAGCAACGGUGGAGGAAGUGGAGCAUCAGGAAGACAACGCGUGUGUAAUCGAAUCAAAUGCAUGCUUACAGGGAGUUGUAGAACUCAGCGAACCUAGCCAACAACAGCACUCCACAGACGAACCGCAGAUUGCGCACCAAAGCACUGAAGAGGAGAGUGAUUACGAGUGGAUGGAAGCACCGAAGGCGGCUAAAGAAAGCACUGCCAAGGAUGCCAAAGGAAGCAGACCCAAACAGCAGCUUUGUACGCUGUGCGGGAAGCUGGUUAGCUAUCUGCGGGACCACAUGAUAACGCACACGAAGGAACAGAAGUACGCGUGCGACCGGUGCCCGUUCGUAUCGAGCCGCAAGGCGAAUUUAAAAACGCACGUGCAAAACGUACACCUCAAGCGGGUGAUAAGGAGGUGUGAAAAAUGUGACCGCGGUUUCAGCUACGUCGACUCGUACAACGCUCACAUGCGCGCCAAACACAACCUGGGAGAGUAUUUUGAGUGUAAAAUAUGUUCGAAGAAAUUUCGCCACCGUGGCGGACUGAAUGGCCACCUGAACCGCAAGCACAACGAGGAGAGCAACUGUACCUGUCCGGUUUGUGGAUUCGUGUGCCAGGACAAAAAAGGGUUGAAGGACCAUAGCAGAGUGCAUUCCAACGAGAAGCCGUUUGUGUGCCGGCACUGUCCGAAGGCUUUCAAGAGCACGUACGCACGCCGAACGCACGAGCUGAUCCACAAGGGUGUUGUUUUUUCGUGCACGGUGUGCGAAAAAUCCUAUCGCUACAAGUCGCAACUGGUGCUGCAUUCGAAAAAACACAACGCGCAGCCAAAUACGCAGCAGCAAGAAAAUGAGCGAUAACUGGUGGUAAAACAUUAAUAUAGGAAAUAGAUCAAAUGUCCCUCUUUUGUCUUAAAUUUAAUAAAAUAUUUUGUUUUGUACAUUUAUCUAAAAUUUACAGUGGAGCGCCAAAAACCACUAUAAUUCAUAACAAAUAUUCUUAUUAG